ACGUAUAAAAAAGCAUAUCCUGGACGUUUUCUUACACCAAGACCAUAUGCCUUUCACAAAUUCAACAAUGCCUUUCCCUUUGCCAAAGUUAUGAAGAGUAGAACAAAUAACAAUUGUAAGCUUCUAGAUUGUAGGAAGAAUCUUUUAUAACAACAGGCAGCUUAUUUUUCUCAAAUCAAGUACUGAGUACUCUUCCGAUUCAUUACAUUCUACCACUGGAAUAAGGCUCCCUUUUCAGAACAAAUUCCUUUAAUCAAAUCAUCUAGAGUUUAAGUGAGAUUUUAUUUUCCAAGAAUAAUGAGUGAAGAAAAGAGAGGACUUUGCAUGAAUAUUCGGUAUUUAAAGAAUGUUUUAAGAAAGACAAGGAAGAUGGACGAUACAAUUCAACUGUCUCUUAAUUCCGCUAAAUGGGAAUCACCAGGCCAAGCCAGGGAAUCUCAAGAGCAGCGAUGCUAUCGUGUCAAACGAGAGCUAUUUCAAAGCUGGCUAAAUAGAGACCAAUUUUUGAAGGAAUGCAUCUCAAUUGCUGAAGAGGAAAUUCACAAGGAUACCCCUUCAUUGAAGAGCUCAACAUUUUCUCCCGAAGAACCGUUGGUUUCUGAACGGUUAGAUCCCUACGCUAAAACACAAGAAAUAAGAACUUCUCCACCAGAAGAGGUUCGAAUGGCGCUUCAGUCUGAGCAAGCUGUUGAAAAUAUUAUCCGGGGCCAGACUUGGGAAACGCUUAAGAAUGCUUGCCCGGGAAUGUUUGGCAAUUGGGAAGCGGACUAUAGUAAAAAUAUAUUUCAAUAAACCGUAAAAUUCCAAGACCACGACACGUUCUGCUAAUCCUCAUUCAUUUUUAUCUACCUGCUAUCCAUAUCUUUAUUUUAUCAUUUACAAGUUUGUCAUUCACAGAGCUCACAUUCAAAUCUUAAGAAAACCAAAGAGGCGAAUAUUCUUUAGGUAAAGUAUAUUUAUUGUUGAAGAUGUUGAGAUGGUAUCUUAAUAGACAUAACUAAGGUCGUUGCUGAAAAUUGAAUAUGUGGAAGCUUUGCAUUAUGGAAAGUCCUACAUCCAAAUAGAAUCUAAAAUUUUUCCUUCCUAAA